ACCGGAGCGACGCCACCUCCAGCGAAGCAGACUGUUGGUGGCGAUAAAAAAAAAAAACGACUGCAACCUUCGUCUGCAGCGCUUCUUCUCUUCUCUACGCAUUGUCACACAGGCCGCGCGCAGCGCUCCGUCUGCUGGACCUUGAGGAGCCAGCAUGGACCCACGAAAAGUGACAGAGCUGAAGGGCUUCGUGCAGAUGUGCGAGUCCAAUCCGGGGAUCCUGCACCUUCCGGAGAUGGGCUUCUUCCGCACCUGGCUGCAGAGUAUGGGCGCUAACAUCCCUCCUCUGGCUAAGAAACCGGACUCAUGUCAGGGUGGCUGUCCGUGUGGGCCGUCCCCCUCAGCAGCGCCGCAUCCAGAGCCUGAGCUCCCUGUGGAUUCUGAGAGCGAGGAGAGUGAAAUAGAAAUCGACAAUGAAGGAGUGAUAGAGCCGGACGCUGAUAAUCCGGAGGAGAUGGGAGAGUUUGACGACAUCGAGGUCACAGAGGAGAUGAUGGACCAAGCCAACGAGAAGAAGAUCGAAGCGAUCAACGCCCUGGGAGAAGGCGACCUUCAGAAAGCUUUGGAUCUGUUCACAGAAGCCAUCAAGCUGAGCCCUCGGGUAGCCAUUCUUUACGCCAAGCGGGCGAGUGUGUACAUCAAAAUGCAGAAACCCAACGCAGCCAUCAGGGACUGCAACAGAGCCAUCAGCAUCAACCCAGACUCUGCACAGCCAUACAAGUGGAGGGGCAAAGCUCACAGGCUGCUUGGUCACUGGGAGGAGGCCGCCAAAGACCUGGCCAUAGCCUGUAAGCUGGACUACGACGAGGACGCGAGUGCGCUGCUAAAGGAAGUGCAGCCAAAGGCUAAUAAAAUCAUGGAGCACAGACGCAAAUAUGAGCGGAAGAGGGAAGAGAAGGAGAUCAAAGAGAAACAAGAGCGCAUAAAGAAAGCCCGAGAGGAGCAUGUGCGCGCACAGAGGGAAGAGGAAGCCCGGCAGUUUGGAGGAGGAUUCUUCCCAGGAGCUGCCGGCUUCCCGGGCGGAGUGCCCCCUGGUGGUAUGCCCGGUCUGGGUGAGCUCUUCAAGGAUCCUGAGCUGCUCAACGCCAUGAAGGACCCUGAGGUCAUGGCUGCAUUCCAGGAUGUGGCGCAGAACCCGGCCAACAUCUCCAAGUAUCAAAACAACCCCAAAAUCAUGGCCCUGGUCACCAAGCUGAGUACCAAGUUCGGAGCCUCCCCACAACCGUAGAGGGCGGCCAGAGGGAAUGAGACCAAAAGGUGAAGCGAUCCAGAGAGCGCCGCUUGUCAACAAUUAUUCACUGUGUUUAGUUCAAAGUGGGGAGCUGAUUAUGUGUAAACUGGUGCAAUGUUCUGAAAAAA